AUUGCAGUGUUGUGAAGGAUAAAACAUAUACAAACAAGAUUACAAAUUAGAGAAAUUAUUGAAGUCAGAGUUUCUUGAUGUUUAUAAGGAAAACCCCUCGAGAUGGACGAUCAGGUCAAGUGCCGCAUCUGUUCCUGCCGCAUUGAGUGCAAGGAGGAGGCAUACAACUUGCUGCAACUGCCCGAAGUGGCCGCAAUGUUCACCGCCUGCACAGAUUUGGUAGUGGACCCCCAGGAGGAGGACUUCUUGCCAAGCGAGCUGUGCAGCGGCUGCUACGAGGAGCUGGAGAAGUACCACUCGUUCCGUAAACUCUGCAUAGAGGCCGACAAUAAAUGGCGCUUGCUGAAGGAAAACACACUGGUGGAAUUGGAGUUUAAACUUAUGGAAUCAGAGGACGGGUUCGACGAUGUGGACGACAUGCCGCUCAGCACAUUGGAAACGAAAAGCCCUGGGCCCCCCCUUGAAGCCACCGAGGUGGUGCUGGUCGAUGGCAAAUUCCAAGAGAAAAAACCAUGCCAAAGAAUAAAAAGAGGAAAUAAGGAAAAGGUAGAGAAAAAGGCAGGGAAACGGACGAAGACAAAUCCAAAAGAGGUUCCGCCAACGGAAGAGCCGGGUGCGAGCUACAAGUGCGACGCCUGCUCGAAAGAGUUUGUCGAUGAUAGUCGCCUGCAGGCGCAUAUGCGAGAGCACGAUGGCCACCUGCUCUUUCCCUGCACAGAGCCUGGGUGUGACAAGAGCUUCAGUCGGCUGCAGGACCUUAAUGUACACCUGCGGGAGCAUGAGGGCACGGGCACGUGGUACACCUGCAACCAGGAGGGCUGCAGCAAGAGCUACCGCCACAAGGGCACUCUGGUGAUGCACAAACGCCAGAGCCAUGGCAUCGGACCGAAGCUCAAGUUGCACGUGUGUGAGUUCUGCGGCAGGGUCUUGAACAGCCUGGCUGCCCUCAACCACCAUCGGUUCACGCACAAGGACAAGCUGGUGAAGCCGUAUGCCUGCGAGGAGCCGGGCUGCUCUGUACGCUUCCUCAGCGAGGAGAAGCUCAAGGUGCACAUGAUGCGGCACAGGGGCAUCAAGAACUUCACGUGUCCCCACUGCGGCGCCAAGAAAACAACAAAGAAUGAGCUGAAGCUGCACAUCAACUAUCACACGCUGGAGCGCACCUGGCCCUGUCCGCACUGCUCCAAGGUGUGCAACAGCUCCACCAGCAGGAAAAUGCACAUUCGCACGAACCACGAGAAGACCAAGAGCUAUGCCUGCAGCAUCUGUGACAAGAGAUUCACCAAGCCGGACACGCGGAAGUACCACGAGCUGACGCACACGGGGGAGCGGAACUACGGGUGCGCAGUGUGUGGCAAGCGGUUCGUCCAGCCUGCGGCCCUGCGCACCCAUCGAAAGAUCCAUGAGCGGGAUCAGGCAAAGGCUCCUGUUGUUAAGGUUGUGGAAUCCUAAUUGAGAGGCAGAUCCCAGGAGUUAUAGUAUUUGAAUUCUUUCAGGCCAUAGGUUAGAUCAUUGACAAACUAUACUUUUUGAUAAAUUUUUUGUUUUUUUAGCCACGUUAAAUAUUAGUUUGCGGUCUCUACUUGGAUUUAAACUGUUUUUUAUGUCUGGUGCUCGAAACGUUUGGGAAUAUAUUAGUUUUCUGGUGGAUGUAGACGUGUGUAACACCCAGAAGGAAGUGUUUCCAGCCCCAUAAAGUGUAUACAUAUAUUCUUGAUCAGCAUCAGUAGCCGAGUCGAUAUUGGCAUGUCUGUCCGUCUUGAAUGAAGCCUUGAUUUCAGAUCUUGCAUCCAGACUCCUGUGAUAUCACACUGUUACCUUACUCAUUCUCUCCCUCUCUCUCUCUAUCUCUUGCUCUCUCUUCAUCGUGCAAUGUGCGCCCCCUGUCGGAAGAGAGCGAGAUAAAAAGGUGGCUGUUGUUGUGGGAAGCGUGAGAGAGAGAGAGAGAGAGAGACAACCAUUGCAGAAUGAUAAAUUUCGAUGUGCAUUCCUAGUAGCUGAUUUAUGUAUUUUUUUUUUCCUGCGCGAAUUUUUAUAUUAACCUAAAUAGUAGUAUAUUCCUUUCCUUUCAAUGACAGAUUCAUCGAGUUGGCUUUAUAACUGUGAGACUACAUAGAAACAACGAGACUAAGAAAAUAAUUAUAUGUACUCUUUUUAAGGACUUACAAGGGUAUAUGCUGAUCAUAGCGCCGUUAUUCGAAACAAAACGCUUAAAUUCGCAAG